ACAAGCCAAAUACACCCCGCUCCGAAAAAAUCCAAACAUAAAGAGAAAAAGGAUCUUCUACAUUCCCACCCCUUCCCUCGGAAUUUCUCGGGAGGAGGCUAUUCGGGAGACAUGGAGGCUGUCAUCCCGGCCACCGGUCUUCUCUCCCUCCCUUCCAACCCCCAAACCCGAGCCUUCCGCACCAUCUCCAACCCCAGGACCUGCUUCCCCUCGGCGUCCAUCCGAGCCCAUACCUCGGCUCCGAGUUCCGAUGGACUCCGUUGGAGAGAGCGGAAUCCGUCGUUCUCCCAGCCGAGAACCCCCCUAGACGCCCAAAGAUCGCUCCUUUACAAUCUUUCUCGCGGUUCUUGGAGGAAAGGCGAGAGCUUUCCGGUCUGCGGCGCCGGAGCUUCCGCGAUUACGGCGGAUGGAGGCGGUUUCGUCGAGGAGAAGCCGAAGCCCAAGUUCUUGGGCAUCGAGGUUAAAACCUUGAAGAAGAUUAUCCCGCUGGGGCUCAUGUUCUUCUGUAUCCUUUUCAAUUAUACGAUCCUCAGGGAUACAAAGGAUGUGUUGGUGGUGACGACCAAAGGAAGCAGCGCCGAGAUCAUUCCAUUCUUGAAGACGUGGGUGAACUUGCCAAUGGCGGUGGGGUUCAUGCUGUUGUACACCAAGCUCUCGAAUGUGCUUUCCAAGGAGGCUCUUUUCUACACGGUGAUCUUCCCUUUUAUCGCUUUCUUCGGGGCUUUUGCCUUCGUGAUGUAUCCCCUUCGCGACGCCAUCCACCCCACGGGGCUUGCCGACAAGCUCCUGGCCGCCCUCGGUCCGAGCUUCCUUGGCCCAGUCGCGAUCUUGAGGAUUUGGAGCUUCUGUUUGUUCUAUGUCAUGGCCGAGCUCUGGGGGAGUGUGGUGAUCUCGGUUCUCUUCUGGGGUUUUGCAAAUCAGAUUACCACUGUUGAGGAAGCCAAAGAAUUCUACCCACUAUUUGGCCUUGGAGCUAAUGUUGCCCUAAUUUUCUCAGGGCGGACGGUAAAGUAUUUUUCUAACCUGCGUAAGUAUUUGGGCCCAGGAGUUGAUGGUUGGGCAAUAUCUCUGAAAGGAAUGAUGAGCAUUGUGGUGCUUCUGGGUCUUGUAAUUUGUGCACUCUAUUGGGGAGUAAAUACCUUUGUUCUGAAUGACCCCUCUCUUCCAAGAUCUCAACGCAAAAAGAAGGAAAAGCCCAAAUUAAGCAUGAAAGAGAGCUUGAAACUUUUGCUAUCUUCUAGAUAUGUGAGAGAUCUUGCCACCUUGGUGGUUGCUUAUGGUAUAAGCAUUAACCUUGUUGAAGUUACAUGGAAAUCAAAGCUCAAGGCACAGUUUCCAAGCCCAAAUGAAUACUCAUCUUUCAUGGGUGAUUUCUCAACUGCUACGGGUAUUGCAACUUUCACAAUGAUGCUGCUGGGCCGAGUGAUACUCAGAAAGUUCGGGUGGGGAGUAGCAGCCAUGGUCACACCCACUGUAUUACUUUUCACAGGAGUUGGGUUCUUCUCACUGAUUUUAUUUGGAGAACCAUUGGCUCCCUUGCUGGGAAAACUUGGAAUGACUCCUCUGCUUGCAGCUGUUUAUGUGGGUGCAUUGCAGAACAUUUUCAGUAAGAGUUCAAAGUACAGCUUAUUUGAUCCUUGCAAGGAAAUGGCUUAUAUUCCUUUGGAUGAAGACAUGAAGGUUAAAAGUAAGGCAGCCAUUGAUGUUGUCUGCAACCCCUUGGGAAAAUCAGGAGGAGCCUUGAUCCAACAGUUCAUGAUUUUAACAUUUGGGUCCCUAGCAAACUCAACACCCUACCUUGGAGGAAUACUGCUGGUGAUUGUUCUUUCAUGGAUAGGUGCUGCGAGGUCUUUGGAUUCCCAAUUUUCUCCUUUGGCCAAACAAGAGCUUGCGAAGGAGAAAUUGCUGAAAGAGAAGGUAAAAGAGCCAGUGGUCAAACCAUCCCAAGAGAACAAUGAGGGCCUGGUUGAAGAGGAGGUAGCAACAAAAGAAAAUGGUUCUCUUCUUGGAUCCUCAGCGAGUGAAAACUCAACAAACGAGUCAGCUUUGAAAGAGAUGUUAGCACCUGAAUCCAAGAGUUCAUCAGAAAACCCCACCCCACAUGAUCAUUAAACUUAAUCAGGCAACAUAAACAGGAAGAUGUUAGUGUUGGUAAGAAACACUUAGUAGCAGAUCAAUGUAUUACUCUCUAGAUAGAAAUAACAUGACAGAAACAGGUAUACUGUAUGCUGUUGCUGUACUGCUACCGCUUCCUUGUUUCCGAGGUUAGCUUAUCAAAGUAUAUGUAGCCUUUUUUUUCUCUCUCUUUCAGUAGAGAUGCAAUGGUCUUUUUUGUUGCUGUACCCUUGAGCUUAUUUUUAGCUAUCUAAUGUUUAAUGAAGAGGCAUCCCUAA